GCUGGCCACUUCCGGAGGCGGGGCUUCCUUUCCCACAGCACGCCAACCAGGAGGAAGACGCGGAAGCGGGAGAGAGAGAGAAGAGCUGGGCGGGAAAGUCCACCUGAGAUGGAGAACGGCAUGCUGCAACCGAGGAUAAUCCAGCUAACUGGAUUUAAGAACCAAGAAAAGAAGAUCCUGGUUGAAUUACUUCUGAAACUUGAAAGUAUUUUCUAUGACACUAAGCAAUACAGAAAUUGCACUCAUCUUAUAGCAAAACAGCCUUGCAAGAGUGAAAAGUUUUUGGCAGCAUGUGCAGCAGGAAAGUGGAUACUAACCAAGGACUACAUAAUUAAUAGUGCUGAAAGUGGCAGAUGGCUUGAUGAAACAACUUACGAAUGGGGAUAUAAAAUCGAAAAAGGCUCCCAUUAUUCACCUCAAAUGCAAUCUGCACCUAAAAGAUGGCGCGAAGAGCUGACAUGCUCUGGUGCUGCAGGGGCCUUCCACAGAUGGAAAGUUCUCCUUGUUAUAAAAGGUGAUAAACGAAAAGAUUCUUUGAUAAGGGUUCUAGAUGCAGGGAAAGCCACUAUACAUGCAGCAUUAAGUUCACCAAAGAAUAUAACUCAUGUGUUAACUAACUACGCAACAUUAGAUCAAGAAAGGGAAAAAGUCUUUGGGACUCGAUCUUAUCCUGUUCGCUACUUAGAGACUUAUCUCUUUAAGAAUGAAAUUAAACAUGAUCUUGAAAAAUACCAGGAAAACAGUCUUCAGAAAGAACAAGAAUUCAAAGAAAUAAUGACUGACAUACACUGUGGCAAAAUGAGAAGUGAACUCAUAAAACACAUAUAUUUUCAACAGGCUAUGCUAAGCAAAUACACUCAAAUAGACCAGAUGAAUGGGUGCAGAAAAGAGGUGAAAAAUAUUCGCUAUUCUAGAGGAGAAAACAGCAUACUUGAAGAGCUAGUAGAUGACCAGUUAUUUCCCACUGCAGUCAGAGAAUUCUUCUCUGGGAGAGCUCUUGUUCCUCCUGCUAAAUUUCUUCAGUCUCUUCUAGGCCACUUACUACAGGGAAAUUCAGACCCUGCACUUUCUGCUCAGUUUUUUCAUAUCCUUUACACUCUGCUCCAGCAUGCUCCUCCUUGGAAGUCACCUUCCAUGUUGAGAUAUUAUCUGGAAGUUCUUCAAUGUCCUGUUUCCAUGAAGGGAGCAUGGCCUCUGAUGGAGACACUUGUACGGUCGUGCCUUUACUGCAAAAGUAUUUGUCAUUCAGUCCCUGUUUCAGAAACCAUGAAUGAGGAGAAAACAUUUCACAAAAGUCUGCUUAGAUUUAUCCUGAAUUUGUUCCAAGCUGAAGUGCUGACAUUAACAAGAAGUUUGUAUGAAGGAGUUGGUUCACAACGUCUGCAGACGAUGCCAGAGACAGUUCUUCAGAAAACGUUCUGGUUAGAGAGUGAAUCAAUGCUUUUAACCAAACGGAUAAAUAUUCUUGUAGACUGGGUCACAAAUUCCUAUAAAGAAAAGUACAAGACAAAUGAUAUCUUCAAACAUGAGGUAGUUGAACUACUUAAUGGAAUUUUGAGCACAGUAGUGGAAUACUGGAUUCUUUCUGGAUUUAUGAUGGAUAAGAAUAUGUUGCAUCUUGUAGCAGAUGAGCUUGCAUCUUAUAUUGCCAUUUCAUGUGAUGAUUUUUCAGCAGAGGAAUUAAAAGCGUUUGUGUCUUCCAUUCCAUCUCUCUGGCUAGAAAUGUUUGUUGCAGAAGCAGUCUUUAAAAAGUUGUAUUUUGAAACCAGCACUGUCAUUUCUGAUGAACCGCUCUCUCUUCAAAAAAUUGUUUGUUCCUAUCUGCCUGCUUUACAAAUAUGGAUGCGUGAGACAGGGAAGAUGCAGAAAGGAAAGAGAGAAAAAAUAGGGCAAUGGCCUUGCCCUGAGUCUCAAAGGGCAUUACUGAUGCUAAAUGGUGAUAAGCAGAACCAAGCCGAAGUGCUGCCUGAUGUACCUGCCCAAACUCGUACCUCUUCUCCUCCCCCAAAGAAAUUUAAAACCAAAACUGAAAUCCAGUCAUCACAUGGCAAAAAAAUAUAUCAGUCUUCUCCUAAACAGAUGAACAUUUACAAGGUCAAUGUUAAAGGAGAGACAGCCCUGCAUAUUACCUGCAAAAGCAACAAUGUGAAGAAAUUGAUUCAUCUUCUUUCGCUACCAGGAAUAGAUAUUAACGUUAAAGACUAUGCUGGUUGGACGCCUUUGCAUGAAGCUUGUAACCAUGGCAGCACAGUGUGUGUCCACGAAAUUUUGCAACAUUGUCCAGAGGUAAACCUGUUCAGUCAAGUGGAUGGAGUGACGCCCUUGCAUGACGCGCUGACAAAUGGACACAUUGAGAUUGCUGAGCUUCUGCUUCAGCAUGGCGGACUGGCAUUGCUGGAGCAAAAGGACUCUGAGGGAAAUCUGCCACUUGAUCACAUAAAGUGUGUAAGAACUAAGCAACAUCUUUUGAAUGUUGCUAAGUCAGAGGAGACCAUUGAGGAGUUUCAUGCUAGAGUUGAAAGCAGUUGGAACAGUCAACAGACAGAAUUUUGGACAGCCCUGUUUUGCAAGAUGUUGCUGAACUUCUGUUCUGUGUAUAACUUAUUUAGACCUUUAUCUGUCAGCUUUAAAAAGUCAGCCUGCUCAAAACCAUUCCUAGUGACAGCAGGUUGUUGUAAGUUUAACUCUAACCAUUGGCUAAUAGACCUUUAUCUUAGUGAGCUUCAUACUUAUCAAAAUCUUCCAAAUUAUCUUCAGGAAACUAUUGAAAAACUUAAACAUGGCCCAGGUGAACAGACAAAAGCUUUUGUAGUAGCACUACAACAAAUUUCAUGGACAGUUCAGAUGUCUAGUCUUAAUUUGACCAACAGUGUUCCCAAGUAAUCUGACUUCCUUAGUCUUUUAUUUUCAUUGGCCUCGCUCAGCAUUUGGUGAUCAUCAUGUAUGGGAAAUAAUGAAAGCUGAAUUUGGUUUGGCACAAAACCACAGCUUCACAUUGCACUAAGGAGCAGCAGCUAAUCUCAGAUGUGUGUACUAAUUUUUUGGAGUACCAGAGAAGAGAAGCACCAGAAAAGAUCAAAAAUAUCUGUUUCUGGACUUCAUGGUGUCUAAACUCAGGCAACAUCUGUGUCUUAUUUUAAUUAUUUUAAUUUUUAAAAACCACAGCUCUGAGUUUGACAUUGGAACAAAGUUUUUAAAUCAAAAGCAAAACUUUCUAUUACCAAUAGGAAGAACAAGUCAGACUUAAGCUCACAACAUUGUGUGAGUCUAUUCCUGUUUCAUGUGAAAUAAUCAUUGUUUUGAUAGCUCAAUGAGCCCAAUACAGUGAUCCUGCAACAACUCAAUGUAUGUCAGUUACAUCUGGUUUGGCUAUCUGUGGUUAUCACAGUUGUACUCUACAAAGAUAUGUAGUCAUUUUUAAAAUUGUAUCUUUAUUACCUGAAUAAAAUAAAUUAUUGUGUAGAAACUCA